AUGGAGGCGUCGGUACCAGUUCCAGAUGAGAGAUCUUCAGAGGAAGUUCAACCGCCUCGACAGCCUCCGACACCGAGGUCUGAAGCAGGCCUUUCGGAAGGUUCUAGUCGGGAUCCAUGGGCACGAUCAGAUCCAUGGUCAGAAGGUCGCCAAGCCGCUCGACCACAACGAGUUCGAGCUCCAGCGUUGGAAGAGGAGUUCAUGCAGUUUUUGCAGUGGCGCCAAGGAAAUCAACCUGCCGCCCAUGGCCUUGGACUUCACCCUGGCCUAUCUGCAAACGUUGGACAUGGUCUUUGGCAAGCAGCUCGAGAUGAACAAGAGCGAACGACAGCUGGCCCACCUCCUGAAUGGGAUGGCACAUCAGUGGAGUUCCGUGACUACAAGCUGAAGGCACGAAUUUGGCUUAGGACUACGAGGACUCCGGCCCAUGCACGUGGACCACUGUUGUUGAAAAACUUGUCAAAAGGGCCAUGGGAAGAUUUGAAAUUCCUAGCCAACGAUGAAGAGUGGAUGACUGACCCUGACAACGGUAACAAACUGAUCAAUCUCAUGGAUACCAGAGAGUUUUAUGGAGAAGAGAAAAGGGAAUCCAUGUUGUCAGCAUGUGCAAGGUUGACAUAUCAUUUGAGGCGUCAGAAAGGUGAGACAGCUAGAGCAUUCAUGACCCGUUGGGACACUGCCGAACGGAAGAUUCGAGAACAUGAUGUUCGACUACCUCAAGAGUACUUAGGAUUCUUGAUGGUGAAUGCGUUGCAGUUGGACUCUGAGAAGACCAAGUUGCUGCUGAACUACACCAAGGGAUCCUUGCAGGUCGCGGACGUGAAGGACUGGCUGAGGAUCCACGAGACUGACCUUGACAUGAGCAACCUUGGCAACGACCGGAAGAAGACGGCCGUCAACUUUUUGAUGGACUCCGAGGAUCCCAAGGAGAUUCAACUCAUGGACAUUCCGGAAGAGGGCGAUGUGGAUGAGAAUGACAUCACAGACCUCUUGCUGACAACUAUGGCUGACCUUGAAGAGCCCAAUGAGAACCCUGAGGAUAUGGUCACUUUGACCGAGGCAGAAACGAAAGAGAUCUUGAUGACCAUGGUGAAGGACCACCGCAACAAAGGGCGAAACUAUGCCAGUGCCAUGAAGGCCAAGAAGAACAGAGAUCUGGCUCGUGGAUAUGGAGCUGGACGAGACGGUAUGCUUCGCCCUGGCACCUAUGAGGUUUCGAUCUCUGAGCUCAAGAAGCGGACGAAAUGCAAUGCUUGUGGCCUCACCGGGCAUUGGGCCCGUGAAUGCCCAACCAAGCCCAAGCGCAGUCCUGACCACAUGGCCAAGAACGACCAUGGCAAGGGCAAGACCAAGGAGGUGAACUUUUUGGCCCAGGAAUCGACCGGUUUUCCAGAGAGCGAAUUUUUCUAUUUAGAGAUGGACCAAGCCAACAGCAGCAACUGUCCUGCUGAUGGCGAUUCACAGUUGGCGCCCGCCAAUCGAGAGUACAUGAUACCAUUGCAGAACCAGUUGCUCAUCGGCAAGCGUUUGGCUCAGCUGCUCAAGAUCAGUGCCCUGUGGCAGUCGAUAGCAAGUCUCCGGCCCGUGGAGCAGCCCCCUGUUCAAAUCCCAAAGAUGCAUGGCAGCCGCGCCAAACGUGGUCGCAGCGAGAACGUGAAUCAGUUCGUUCUCCAAGCCUGGGUGCGCAUGACACUGAAGGCCAUCAUGAUCAUUGGCCGUGCUCUUUCCCAUCGAGUACAUCACCACUUGAAGAUUCCCGGACCACGAGGGGUUUUGGCACGCCAGAUGAUCGAGAUGGGCGAUUUGUUGGAGAACAGUCAGCUCGAGCGAGUGGUGACCGAGCUGAGCCAAGUUCUCCACGAUCGCUCUCUGCAAGGAGCGGUGUCGAGGUCUUCUACCCCAACGGAAUGGUCCAAGGUGACAUCAACAGCAUCACCAUUUCGGAAGAUGGAGUCACCCAGGCGCGAGGCACCUACUACACCCAGGAGUAUGCCAGCGAGCUCCCAUCAAUAUCAACCGGCCACGCCAGAUCGGCGAAUGGCCAGCAUGUGGGACAUUCCGUCCAACCUCGACCUGAGUCGGGACAGCCCGCAAUGUCAUUGCGGGAAAGAGGCCAUGCUCUGGAUCUCAAAGACAGAGCGCAAUCCAGAUCGACUUUUCUGGAAGUGCGGUCGGGAGAGGAGUCAGCAGUGCAGUUUCUUCCAGUGGCUGAUGUAUCAACCUCUACGCCCAGACCUUCAGGGGAAUUCCAACAUGGAGUACUUCACCCGACGUCAGCAGGACAUGUGCUCCCACAAGCGCACCACCAAGGAGGGCUCCAACGGCCUCAAUUCGAAAGUGAAAUGCAAGGAUUGUGGGAAGCUUCUCUCGGACGAGAAGACACCAGUGGGUCUCAUGUUGCAGCAGAAGAAGAAUCGAGAGGCUCCCACGACACCAAUGUCGCAAUCCUCAACGGAGACUCAGCGCAAGAUGGAGCAAGACAACAAGGAUUUCCAAGAGUUCCUGAUGUGGCGCCGUGCCCAGGAGGAGAUGCAGAACAACUCGACGGCAAGACCUUCGAGCCGCAUGGGACUCUUCAUGUGAGUGAGGGCCAUCAAGCUGAGUUGAGACCGGGUUUGCGACGGCAUAUUUUCGGCUGUUUGAAGCGAGCAGAGUUAUCAUG